CAUGAACCGCCCAACACAGCAGGGGAUAUAAUCUAUACCUUCGUAUUCAACCACCCUCAAAACCACACGCACCACCCAUCAACACUUACCCCCUUGUACCACAGGAGCAGAAACAAAAUGCCCGAAAUCACCCUCUACACCUACUUCCGGUCCUCCUGCUCCGCCCGUCUGCGCAUCGCCCUGCACCUCAAAUCCCUGCCCUACACGCCCAUCCCCCUCAACCUGCUCGAGGGGGCCCAGCAAUCCCCGGAGAACCUCGCCCGCAACCCAUCCGGCACGGUGCCCACCCUCCUCAUCUCCCCGUCCCCGGGUUCCCCCACUGCAGACCACACUGCAGACCCGAUAAAGAUCACCCAGUCCCUCGCCGCCCUCGAAUACCUCGACGAAGCCUUCCCAGCUACGUACCCUCUCCUCCCGCGCGACCCCGCGAAACGGGCCUUGGUGCGUACUUUGGCCCAGAUCAUCGCGUGCGACGUGCAGCCCGUUACGAACCUGAGGAUCUUGAAGCGCGUGGCGCCGUUGGGCGUGGAUCGCGCCGCGUGGUCGAGGGAACUGAUUGUGGAUGGGUUGCGCGCGUAUGAGACUCUUAUUGCUGGGGCGGGCGUGAGUGGGCGGUUCAGUGUGGGCGAUGAGGUGACGGUCGCGGAUGUGUGUUUGGUGCCGGCGGUUUGGGGUGCGGAGAGAGUCGGUGUCGAUGUUGCGGGGCUGUUUCCGGUGGUGGCGCGUGUGGUGGAGCGGUUGGAAGGGUUGGAGGCGGUGCGGAGGGCGCAUUGGGCGAGGCAGGGGGAUACACCUGCCGAGUUGAGGGUUGAGUAGAUGGC